AUGUCUUUAUGUGACCACAUAUUAAGUUUGGGACAUACAGUUUCAACAGAUAAUUGGUAUACUAGUAUAGACCUGGCAAACCAACUUCUUGACAAAGAUACUCAUUUGGUCGGAACCCUGAGGAAAAAUAGGAAAGGUUUGCCUAAAGCAGUGGUAGAGGCUAAAUUAAAACCAGGUGAAUAUAUUGCAAUGGAAAAUGAACGUGGCAUAUGUGUGCUAAAAUGGAAAGACAAACGGGAUGUGUUGAUGCUAUCGACAAAGCACUCAAAAGGGUUCUCAAAGGUUACUAAAAAGGGCAGGACAAUUCGAAAACCAAGAAUGAUAAUAGCUUACAAUAAAGCAAAAGGAGCGGUCGAUAUGAGUGACCAGAUGACUGCGUAUUCGUCGCCAUUAAGAAAAACAGUAAAAUGGUACAAGAAAUUAGGAAUUGAAGUUAUUUUAAAUACAGCUGUUGUAAAUGGAUGGAUUAUGUACACUGAAAAUAAAAAAGUUAAAGAAAGUAUAGUAGAGUACAGAAGGCAGUUAGUGGAGUAUCUGGUAGAUUCAGGAAAGGAUAGUGAAAACCCCGAAAAUACUGAAAGACCGAAACGACUGAAGCACCAGUUGGAAAAGCGAGAGGGCAAUGUUAGAAACACAAGACGUUUCUGUUCAGUAUGCUACAAAAAAAACACUGCAAUACUCGGUUAUAAAAUUGCCAAGAAUAAAACAAAGAAAGUUGCGACAUACUGCAAAGAAUGUCCAAAUGAACCAUAUUUUUGUUUGGCUUGUUUUAAUAAGUUUCAUCGUUAUGGUUAA